GCCUUUAAGCCGCUUGCAAGGGUAGCCACGUGGAGGAUCUUUGUCAUAGCGAGCAAAAACGAGCGAAUCUUCUCUGACCUUUCUGACAGCACAAAAUGUCUCGUUACUGGAACUCCAUGCGCAUACCCCCCUCUCGAGCGAUGGAUCAGCGAGACCGGCGAUGGUAGCAUUUUGAACGGGUCUCGUCCCAACUUUAUGGGGAGGGGUGGACGGAAUGCCGUCUGGCAGCUUCCAAAAGACCCCAGGACCGUGGACCCAUUUGAUAGCAUGCCGCUAUACAUGUCGUCUAAGUCCCAUGAGCUGUUCCGAUACUUCCUGGACGUCAACUCCCCGAAAAAGGGCACUGUUCCUAAGCACAAAAAGACUAUCGGCAAAGUGGCUAAUAAUCCAGAUUCUUUCCAUGGCAUUUUGUUACUAGCCGGCCUCCAUUACUACUGGAAUAACGGUAACCUCGGAGAAUUUGCUUCGACAUACUAUAUGCACAAGAUUAAUUGGAUUCGCUCCAUCAACUCGUAUCUUGCAGAGGCUGACCACAAUGACCCUAGCAAGUUCAGGACUUACCUGAACAUUGUGGGCACAAUCGCCCUCAUAGAGAUGAGCAUGGGUGAUUACGACGCAGCACGAGCCCACCUAACUGGUCUAUCUAUGCUCAAGGACAGGUUUCAAACUCUCCAACAGAAAAGCUUGACCGAUUUGAGUCUGGCUGAUUCGCCGUCUGUAAUUGCGAAUAUUUCCACAGAUGACACUGUUCAACUCUACCUGGCCCUUGUCACAUGCGACGUGAUUGCGGGGACCUCGAAUUUGCUUCAGCCUCCUUUUCCGCAAGAAGUAACUAGACGACAACAGCCCAAGAGUCCUAUAGGGGCGGAACAGAGAUUGCCUGAUGGCCGACUAGCCCUGUGGCUAGUCACUUAUUUUCUCAUGGCAAGCUAUGAUAUAUCCGGCGAAAACUUUGACCUAAGUGAUCUAUUGGAUUAUCUUCGCUUGGUAACCACCGCACAUGGUGGUUGCUAUGCCUCGCAAUCCUUUCCGGUUGUGCCUACCCCUCAAAGCCAGACGGACACACGGACUACCCAAACUCCCUCACCCUUUCACACCAAAGUCCCUUGGGGUAGUACUGUCGCUGCCGGAGGUGCCUACAUACACUGCAUCAUCGGCCUACCAUGGACGUACGGGCCCAGCACUGGGGCCGGUCCCUUAUGCUACAUGAUUCCCGCUAUCCAGCAGGACGUCGCUGCAACCGAAACCGCCAUGGCAGGGUCACGGGUCAACUUUGACGGACUUACAGAAGGAGCUCGGCUUGGCCAGGCACUGUGGCUGUGGAAAGGCGUGGUCGGCGCUUGCACCAUUGCGAGCGCUCAGAAGGCGGGCCUCCCGGCUCCGGAACCUGGGGGUCCGGGCAGCGUGCCAUACCACCAGGACGUUGUCCCCAGAGCGCGUCGUGACAGCAGCCCGCUGUGUGACGAUGAUGACGAGCUGUAUGCCAUGCUAGCGGGAUGGUGGGCUAGAAGGCUGAGGCGAUGGAGUAGGGCGACAGGGGUUACUGAAUGGAACGCCGCGAGAAACGUGUUGGCGCUGGUGGCAUGGCCGGAGAAAGGCCCGGGUGAGAGGCUAGCUCAGAGGAUGUGGGAAAAUGCAGUCAACAAACAGGUGACGUUUUAA